GAGCGUGACAUUUUAUACUCAUUUUCGUCCAGUCGGAUCUCGGGCUUCGCUCGUCGGACCUUUCACCUGCGCUUAAACCCGACUGAAAACCCUAGCGCCACGCCCAACGGCGACGACCACCACCACUACUAAAGAUCUCUAUCUGUUUGUUUGUUUUUGGUUUUCAUUUUCUUUGUGAAAACCUUGGUUUAUACGCUUUGAGUUUUCUUGUGAAAGAUCGGCGAGAACUGCGAUAAUUGAAAAGUGAAAAAGCACGCCCGCAGCUUCUACCAGGUCAUUCAUUGAUCUUCAGCGACAUUAUGAUGAUAUAGGUAUUACAAUAAAAUCAUGGCAUCCAAAGGUCCUAGGUGUAAGCUUGAUCACGAGACAAGAGCCAAGCGUCAAAAGGCACUUGAAGCUCCCAAAGAGCCGCGUCGCCCUAAAACUCAUUGGGAUCAUGUUUUGGAAGAGAUGGUUUGGUUAUCGAAGGACUUCGAGUCAGAGAGGAAAUGGAAAUUAGCGCAAGCAAAGAGGGUUGCUUUAAGAGCGAGCAAGGGCAUGCUAGAUCAGGCUACAAGGGGAGAAAGGAAAAUGAAGGAAGAGGAGCAGCGGUUGAGAAAAGUUGCACUUAAUAUCUCAAAGGAUGUGAAGAAGUUCUGGAUAAAAAUAGAAAAGCUGGUGCUUUACAAGCAUCAGAUGGAGCUGGAUGAGAAAAAGAAAAAGGCACUUGAUAAGCAACUUGAGUUUCUUUUGGGGCAAACUGAGAGGUACUCAACAAUGUUGGCAGAAAAUCUUGUGGAUACUCAUAAACCAGUGCAACAACAUACUACACAAGAUCAAAUAAGUAUUAAAUACAAAGAAGUGGAUAAUGAUGUAAAUGAAUCUCUAGAACUAAAUUUUGAGUCUCAGUCAAACACCGCAGACAGGGAUGAAGAUUAUAAUAUACAACCUGAAGAUGAGUCGGAAGAUGAUGAGCAAACGAUGGAGGAAGACGAGGCCCUUAUAACUGAAGAAGAAAGGCAAGAAGAAUUGGCAGCUUUGCACAAUGAAGUAGAUCUUCCACUUGAGGAGCUUCUCAAACGUUAUGCCUUGAACAAAGUUGGCGGAGAAAGUAGUCCGGAAAAUGAUGAAGACAAGGCUGAGCCUCUGAGUAGAGAAAGUACUCCAGAAAUGGAUGGAGAUAGGGCUGAACCAACACCCAUGAGGGAAGAUCAUGGAAACGGCAAUGGAAAUAAUCUUUCUGCUGUCAGUGAGAUUGACAGAACCAACUCAGUCAUAGCCACUGGUCGUCGUUCUGGUGAAAGUAAUGGUGACUUACCCGUUUUAGAAAGCCAUCUAUUAGGAAGUGAGACAUGUCAAGCUAGUGAUCUGUCAAAAGUUGCUGGGGAGUCGUCCAAACAUCAUGUGCUAUAUGAUUUUAGUGAUGAACAGGAAGAUGCUGACUUUGUUCUUGCUGCCGGGGAAGAAAAGGAUGAUGAGACAACCUUGUUAGAGGAGGAGGAACUGGCAAAAGCAGAUUCAAGCAAUCCCAUGGAUGAGAUUGCAUUACUGCAACAGGAGAAUGAAAUACCUGUAGAAGAAUUGCUUGCAAGGUAUAAAGAGGGCUUCAAUGGUAACGAACUUACAGACGAGGAAUCCGACUAUGCAUCUGCUUUAUCAGACAAUCUUGUGGAAUCUCCAGCCCAUGAAGACAUUGAACUUGAGCAGCAAGCAAUGUCUAUGGAUGAAGAUGUUGAAACUGGUGAAGUUGCGCAUUCUCCUGCAGAAGAGCAACAAGCGGGACCGCAUGAGAAAACAGAAGAAGAGAUGGAAAGUGAGAAUAGAAUUGCUGAUGCAGCAGCGGCUGCAAGAUCAGCACAACCAACAGGGAACACCUUUUCCACAACUAAAGUGCGUACUAAGUUCCCAUUUCUUCUGAAGCUUCCUCUUCGUGAGUAUCAACAUAUUGGCUUGGAUUGGCUUGUUACAAUGUAUGAGAAAAGACUGAAUGGGAUUCUAGCUGAUGAAAUGGGGCUCGGAAAGACAAUUAUGACAAUCGCGCUGCUUGCACACCUAGCGUGUGAAAAGGGAAUAUGGGGCCCUCAUCUCAUUGUCGUCCCCACGAGUGUCAUGCUUAAUUGGGAGACUGAAUUUCUGAAAUGGUGUCCUGCUUUUAAAAUUUUGACUUAUUUUGGAAGUGCAAAAGAACGCAAAUAUAAAAGGCAAGGCUGGUUGAAACAAAACUCGUUUCAUGUAUGCAUAACGACCUACAGACUGGUGAUUCAAGAUUCAAAAGUUUUCAAGCGUAAGAAGUGGAAAUACUUGAUCUUAGAUGAGGCUCAUUUGAUUAAAAAUUGGAAGUCACAAAGAUGGCAAACUCUUUUGAACUUCAAUUCAAAACGGCGUAUUUUAUUAACUGGGACACCUCUGCAGAAUGAUCUCAUGGAACUCUGGUCUCUAAUGCAUUUUUUGAUGCCCCACAUCUUUCAAUCUCAUCAGGAAUUCAAGGAUUGGUUCAGUAAUCCAAUAUCAGGAAUGGUUGAUGGACAAGAGAAAGUAAAUAAAGAAGUUCUUGAUCGUCUUCAUAAUGUCCUUCGUCCUUUUAUACUCCGUCGGUUGAAACGAGAUGUGGAGAAGCAGCUCCCCUCGAAACAUGAACAUGUCAUUUACUGUAGACUGUCAAAAAGGCAGCGUAACUUGUAUGAAGAUUUUAUUGCUAGCUCGGAAACACAAGCUACUCUUGCCAGUGCGAACUUUUUUGGGAUGAUUAGUGUUAUCAUGCAACUUCGCAAAGUUUGUAAUCAUCCUGACUUAUUCGAGGGUCGUCCAAUUGUCAGUUCUUUUGAUAUGGGUGGUAUUGACAUCCAAUUGAGUUCUUCUGUUUGUUCAAUGCUUUCACCAGGUCCAUUUUCUAAUGUCGACCUUAGGAGUUUGGGAUUUUUAUUUACUCAUCUUGAUUUUAGCAUGACUUCUUGGGAGAGUGAUGAAGUGAAAGCCAUUGCUACCCCCUCAAGUUUAAUCAAGGAGCGCGCUGACUUGCAUAACAUAGAAGAAAUUGGGCCAGGAUUUAAGCAUCGAAAAAAGUUGCAUGGAACCAAUAUUUUUGAAGAGAUCAGUAAGGCAAUCAUGGAGGAGAGACUAAGAGAAGCGAAGGAACGGGCAGCAGCUAUAGCAUGGUGGAAUUCCUUGAGGUGUGAGAAAAAACCUAUAUACUCAACAACACUAAGAAAAGCUGUUACCGUAGAGCAUCAUGUUUAUGAUAUUCAUCAUCUGAAGGCCAACCCUUUGUCCUACUUGUAUUCCUCGAAGCUUGCAGACAUUGUCCUCUCACCAGUGGAACGCUUCCAGAGAAUGUUGGACCUUGUUGAAAGCUUCAUGUUUGCAAUACCAGCUGCAAGGGCCCCGGCACCUGUUUUCUGGUGCAGUAAAUCUGGGACUUCUGUGUUUCUGCACCCAACUUAUAAGCAAAACUGUUCUGAAAUAUUAUCACCCCUUCUAUCACCUACCAGACCUGCAAUUGUCCGGAGGCAAGUAUAUUUCCCUGACAGGCGACUUAUACAAUUUGACUGUGGUAAAUUGCAGCAGGUUGCAAUUUUGCUCAGAAAAUUAAAAUCAGAAGGUCAUCGAGCAUUAAUAUUCACCCAGAUGACAAAGAUGCUUGAUAUCUUGGAGGCUUUCAUCAAUUUGUAUGGUUACACUUACAUGCGUUUAGAUGGAUCGACUCAGCCAGAGGAGAGGCAGACCUUAAUGCAACGCUUCAACACAAAUCCAAAGAUCUUUCUUUUCAUCUUAUCAACUCGUAGUGGGGGUGUUGGUAUCAACCUAGUUGGGGCAGAUACAGUUAUUUUCUAUGACAGUGACUGGAAUCCUGCUAUGGAUCAGCAAGCUCAGGAUCGAUGCCACCGGAUAGGACAGACACGUGAAGUUCAUAUUUAUCGGUUAAUCAGCGAGAGCACAAUUGAAGAGAACAUUUUAAAGAAAGCAAAUCAGAAGCGUGCUCUUGAUGAUCUAGUUAUACAAAGUGGAGGCUACAACACUGAAUUCUUUAAAAAGCUAGAUCCUAUGGAACUUUUCUCCGGCCAUAGAACACUUCAAAUCAAGAAUUUGCAGAAGGAAAAGAACAACAACAACAAUGGAAGUGAGGUUUCUGUAUCUAAUGCGGAUUUGGAGGCUGCUUUGAAAUAUGUAGAAGAUGAAGCAGAUUACAUGGCAUUGAAGAAAGUCGAAGAAGAAGAAGCUGUGGACAACCAGGAGUUUACAGAAGAAGCCAUUGGGAGGUUGGAAGAUGAUGAAUUUGCAAAUGAAGAUGAUCCGAAGGUUGAUGAGCCUGUAGAUCAGGGUGGCUGGAUCACAACUUCUACUAAAGAAACUGGAGUGAUUUUGAACGGGGGUAAUCCUAAUGAAGAUAGAGCUCCCGCUGUUGCUAGCAAAGAAGAUGAUGUUGAUAUGCUGGCUGAUGUCAAACAAAUGGCUGCGGCAGCAGCAGCCGCUGGACAAGCAAUCUCAUCCUUUGAGAAUCAGCUACGUCCAAUAGAUCGAUAUGCAAUUCGAUUUCUGGAAUUUUGGGAUCCCAUUAUUGACAAGGCAGCAGUGGAAUCUCAAGCUAGAUAUGAGGAGACAGAGUGGGAACUGGACCGCAUCGAGAGGUAUAAGGAGGAAAUGGAAGCUGAGAUUGACGAAGAUGAGGAGCCCCUUGUAUAUGAGAGAUGGGAUGCUGAUUUUGCAACCGAGGCAUAUCGACAGGAAGUUGAGGCCUUGGCUCAACACCAGUUGAUGGAGGAACUGGAGUGUGAAGCUAAGGAGAAGGAAGCUGCAGUGGAUGAUAAUGGCGACUCUAUGAAGAAUGAAAUGUCAAGCGAUCCUAAACCCAAGUCUAAAAAGAAGCCGAAGAAAGCCAAGUUCAAAUCUCUGAAGAAAGGAUCUUUAGCGUCUGAAUUGAAACCUGUGAAGGACGAAGCACCAACAGAACCUAUGUCUACAGAUGAUGAGAUUAUUUGUCAUGAGAUCACCUCUUCAGAUAUUGUUUCACCAAUUUCAAGUGUGCAGAAAAAACGUAAAAAGGCUGAAUCUACACUGGAUGGUGAAGACGAAAAGACUUCGAAAAAGAAGUCUAAGAAACUCAAGAAGCCUCGCCCUGAAAAAUGUUCUUUAGAUUUAGAUUCUAACUUGUCAGGUGUGCAGCAUGAUGAACCUAUAGAUUCAAAACCAUGUGAGAGUGUGGUGGAUAUUGAACAAAGACCACAAAGCAGGAGCAGGAUGGGAGGCAAAGUAUCCAUUACUACUAUGCCGGUAAAGCGGGUUUUAAUGAUAAAACCAGAGAAACUAAAGAAGGCAAACAUUUGGUCAAGGGAGUGUGUUCCAUCUGCUGAUUUUUGGUUGCCACAGGAGGACGCAAUAUUAUGUGCUGUUGUACAUGAAUAUGGCCCUCAUUGGAGCUUGGUUAGUGAGACUUUGUAUGGGAUGGCUGCCGGUGGCUAUUAUCGGGGAAGACAUCGCCAUCCUGUUCAUUGUUGUGAGAGGUUUAGAGAACUCAUCCAGAGACAUGUCUUGUCUGCACCUGAAAAUCCUAAUAUUGAAAAGGUCAGCAAUACAGGCUCUGGAAAGGCUCUUCUCAAAGUAACAGAGGAUAACAUUCAAAUGCUUUUGGAUGUCGCUGCUGAGCAGCCAGAUAGAGAGCUACUCCUUCAGAAGCACUUUACUGCCCUGCUUUCUUCUGUCUGGAAGGUGACAGCACGUGUUGAUCGCAGGCUAAGCAUCUCAUCACCUCGAAAUGGUCUCCAUCUUGGUGGAAGGUUCUUUACUUCUUCUGUUAGCCGGAUUUCUCAGAAUUUCAUGCAGGGACAUGCAGAAAGGAUUAAAUUCACUAAUUUAGGAGAGAGUAGCAAGAUGCUAGCAGCUGCACUCCAUGAUGCCCAUUAUAGAAGACAAGAUGAGGAUGAGAGAGUUUCCCUUCCCAACCAGGGCGAUGACCCUUCAGCCAGAACUGAACAAUUAGAGAUAACACUAGAAUUCCAGAAAGAAAUGGGUGAUGCCGUGGUUCCUUUGCCAUCUGUUAUAAGUUUAUCAAUAUUUGGGGCAGAUACUCCGUCUGUAAGCAAGGAUUCCGGAGAAGAUCAUCAUCUUAAGGCUUUCCGAAAUAUGGCUGAGAACCGUUUCAGGGUUUCUGCAAGAGCUUGUGUUGAAGAUAGUCUGGGAUGGGCCUCCUCUGUAUUCCCAACAAAUGACUUCAGGUCUAGAUCAGCAUCAAAGUUACCGUCGUUGGGAAAGCACAAGCUUUCAAUCUGUGACUCAAUAAAGCCUUCUAAAUUAAAGUUCAAAAAAACUUCAUUGGAGCAUGGCGAGAUGCCCGACCAUACUGCUGAGCCACCGCCGGGACCCUUGCCAGCAGCUGCACUGAAGGAUCCUAAUAUAAGAUUUGACUUGACUCAACCUAUCAUCCCAGAUGUUGGGAUUGACAAUGUGGAAGGUAUUUUACCUUCUAGCAUCGAUACAGGGCUUUCAAUGGAAAUGGAUAGUUUUGAAGUGGUGGCACAUGACUAUGUUCCUGGCUUAAUCUCUGGCCUGGAUGAUUAUCCAUUAUUGCCAGAAUAUACUGAUUAUCCAGGAGCUUGAACCACAAGAAAUCGUGAGUUGGACCUCAUCAUUUUGGGAAACCAGGGACCUCUUAGUGGAAUUCCAGUCGGUGAAUUACUGACCAUCAAUUCUGGGCAGUAUUACUGUGCCUUCGGUGGCGUGUGGUACAUUGGAAGCACUUUUUUUUUUUUUUUAUUAUUUUAUUAUUAUUAUUAUUAUUAUUAUUAAAAAAAAAAAAUCAAGAGCGAUUUGGAAUGUCUGCCUACACACGCAGAAGUUAUGUUUUAGCAAGGGGAAUCGAAGCAGCGGCCUGUAGGAGGAUCUUGGAUAGGGAGUACAUAAUGUAACAUAAAAGUUUUGUUUGGCUAGUUAGUUUCAAUUUCUAAUUGGGGAAUCUGUGCAAAUUUUGUUGGGGUUUCAAUUGAAAUGUCUUUGCGGGCACAUUUUCCCCUGGAAAAAAGUUAUUAAUGAAAAUAGAAAGUUAGUACA